AUGUCUAAAAACCCCAGCCAGUCCCUCACCACGCUGAUCUGGAUCCAUGGACACCCCAGCCAGUCCCUCACCACGCUGAUCUGGGAUCCAGGGACACCCCAGCCAGUCCCUCACCACGCUGAUCUGGAUCCAUGGACACCCCAGCCAGUCCCUCACCACGCUGAUCUGGAUCCAGGGACACCCCAGCCAGUCCCUCACCACGCUGAUCUGGAUCCAUGGACACCCCAGCCAGUCCCUCACCACGCUGAUCUGGAUCCAGGGACACCCCAGCCAGUCCCUCACCACGCUGAUCUGGAUCCAGGGACACCCCGGCCAGUCCCUCACCACGCUGAUCUGGGCGGGAUCCAGGGACACCCCAGCCAGUCCCUCACCACGCUGAUCUGGAUCCAUGGACACCCCGGCCAGUCCCUUACCACGCUGAUCUGGAUCCAUGGACACCCCGGCCAGUCCCUCACCACGCUGAUCUGGAUCCAUGGACACCCCAGCCAGUCCCUCACCACGCUGAUCUGGGAUCCAGGGACACCCCAGCCAGUCCCUCACCACGCUGAUCUGGAUCCAUGGACACCCCAGCCAGUCCCUCACCACGCUGAUCUGGAUCCAUGGACACCCCAGCCAGUCCCUCACCACGCUGAUCUGGAUCCAGGGACACCCCAGCCAGUCCCUCACCACGCUGAUCUGGAUCCAUGGACACCCCGGCCAGUCCCUCACCACGCUGAUCUGGGCGGGAUCCAGGGACACCCCAGCCAGUCCCUCACCACGCUGAUCUGGAUCCAUGGACACCCCGGCCAGUCCCUUACCACGCUGAUCUGGAUCCAUGGACACCCCGGCCAGUCCCUCACCACGCUGAUCUGGAUCCAGGGACACCCCAGCCAGUCCCUCACCACGCUGAUCUGGAUCCAUGGACACCCCAGCCAGUCCCUCACCACGCUGAUCUGGGCGGAUCCAUGGACACCCCAGCCAGUCCCUCACCACGCUGAUCUGGGCAGAUCCAUGGACACCCCAGCCAGUCCCUCACCACGCUGA